UGGCUUUUUCUUUCUAGCUUCUUUUUUCCUUUCUUAUUAGGCUUCAAAUAUUCCUUUUGUUCCGCAUCAAAUUAUCUAUAUCCGCGUAUUUGAGAUGACCUGUUGCUGUAUGAUGGAAUGCUUCACUUAUCAUUAACAUCAACUUCUGUCACUUCUUUGUCCCAAUCUGUGCACUGGUUGCAUGUGUUAAGGCUUCUUCGUUUUUUAUUGAUGCAUAGUGAUCAAAUUUUAUGUGGGUUUGAGACCAAAGAGGCAUGUGAACAAGCAUAUUUUAAGAUGGAUAUUGCUUUGAUUGAUGAUAGAAGGAUUCAUGUGGGUUUUAGUCAGAGUGUUGCAAAACUGUUGUCUCAGUACAGGCGCAAAGACAACCAACCAGGUAAAGCAGGGAGAGGUUGCUUCAAAUGUGGUUCUCCUGAUCAUAUGGCCAGGGAUUGCACUGGGGAUCCUGCCAAUAAGCAUCAUCCUUUAAAAAACAUACUAAAGGACGAUGAUAUGCAGCAUGGUGGAGGUAAUAAUUCAAGAUAUGAAAUGGUAUUUGACGGAGACACUCCAGAAAGUCCUAGGCCAGAAAAGAGAGGAACAGGCAGAGUGACAGAGAUAGGGGACAUGGAGAGGACAAACGAUUUCCUGAAAAUAAAGGAAGUCAAUAUUCUGAGGAGCGACUUGAUAGAGAAAAGCAUAUGGAUAGAAGAAAAGAAUGAAGAAAUGGAAGAAGAGACUAUGGAGAUUACAGAAAGAAAAAUUCAAAUAGUCAAAGAGGGUGGUGAUGACCAUAAAGAUGAUCAAGAUUACAGAAAGAGAAGUUCAGAUAGUCAUAGAGAUCAUGAUAGCCAUAAAAAGAGGGAUGAGCGAGACCAUAGACAUAGAAGUGCAGAAAGUGACAAUGAUCGUGAGUGUCAUCGAGACAGGAGUAAUCGAGAUGACAAAAGUAGUCGAGCUCUAAGAUGAUGCACGGUACUAUUUUGACUUCGGUUUUGUAGUUCUUGAUUCUAAAUAUUGUAGAACUUAGUUACAUUGUACAAUCCUCACAGAACAACCACACACUCACUUCAAUUGCACAAAACAUAUCUACAAUGUCAUCCCCCAUUCUACAGGGCAA